UCCAAACUUUGGUCCUCCAACCUCCGACUCUAGAAUCAUUUAAAUAGAAGUCUGUCUCUGCCUAUCUUCCUUAGACAGUCGUAAACAUCUUCGCCACACAUCAUCACCAGCUGCCAAAAAAAGCUAGAAUCAUCAUCAUCAUCAUCAUCAUCAUCAUCAUCAUCAUCAUAAUCAUAAUCACCAUGCCUUCUUUCACCCUCUUCUCCAAGCUCCCCAAGGAGCUCAGGCAGCAAAUCUGGCUUGAAAGCCUCCCCACAACCACCACCGUCGAAUUCAACGAAGCAGAAUUCGACGUAACUGCCAUAUCUCCUUCUCUCCCCCACCUCCUCACAUCAAAAGAAGCGCAUGCCACAGCGCUCUCCGCCCUCUCUCCAACCCCCUUCCACAUCUGGGGCCCAUCAGACUGGGAAACGCUGCUCCUCGACGGCGAAAAGAUGACGCUCCAAGCCAUCAUUCACGUAUCAAAAUCCGCCUCUUUAACCACCACAUGGACGGAUGUCUGGAGCGUGCUAGGAGAUGCGCUGCUGGCAGUGCAUUCGCUUCAUUUUGUGUGUCGGCAGCCCGAGCGGCUGGCGAGGCUGUUUAUGCUGGAGGAGAAGGAAUGGCUUGGUGUGGGCCAGGCGUGUAAUGAAGGGGGUUUGUUUAUGAAUGGGGAGGAUGUCUCCGGGGAGAGGACGACGAGGGAGGCGUUGUGGAAGGGGGUGACAGUCACUGCUAGUAAGCAUAAUGUGGAGGAGAUUGAGGCGGGUUUGGGUGGGGGUGAGGUUGAGGUUUGGAAGUUGGGGGAGGAGAGGUUUUCGAGGGGCUUUGGGGAGAAGAGUGAGGUGGUGACGACGAGGGGCUUUAAGAGAGUGGAGGCGGAGGGGGCCGAAAGGGCUUCGGUGGCGCAGCUUCAUUAUGCUGCAAGGGCUUUUGAGCCACAGAGUGGAAUGACCUUGGAGGAAGCGGAGGAGGCAGAGGAGGCGGAGGAGGGGGCGAUGCAGAGGCCAGUAGAACUGACUGAGGAUGCAAUCGCGAAGCACUUGGAGGAGUGCGAGAGGAUUUGGCCUCCUGAGCCAAGGGCUCCUGGUUUGGAGGAAGGAAGCAUUUCAUAUCCCGAUAAUGCUGCGGUGGAGAAGUGGCUUGGAUAGCCUUGGGUCAUUUUUUUCUUGGCGCUGGCUCCAGUUUGGG